AAUCUUGCUGCACCGGCAUCAUGGUGCGCAUGAAUGUUCUGGCCGAUGCCCUUAAGAGCAUCAACAAUGCAGAGAAACGUGGAAAACGUCAAGUUCUCAUUAGACCGUGCUCUAAAGUAAUCGUGCGGUUUUUAACUGUGAUGAUGAAGCAUGGUUACAUUGGUGAAUUUGAGAUCAUUGAUGAUCACAGAGCUGGGAAAAUUGUUGUUAAUCUGACAGGCAGACUGAACAAGUGUGGUGUGAUCAGUCCCAGAUUUGAUGUUCAGUUGAAGGACCUGGAAAAGUGGCAGAACAACCUUUUGCCGUCACGUCAGUUUGGGUACAUAGUGCUGACAACUUCCGCUGGCAUCAUGGACCAUGAGGAAGCAAGGCGAAAACACACAGGAGGCAAAAUCCUGGGAUUUUUUUUCUAAAACUUGUAAAAGAGG